GCUUUUAGUAAACAAUGGAGUCAGACAUUAAAGUGAAUGAAUAUUUUACAAGCCAGUUUCAGGCUUAUCAAGAGCAACAGCAACAGCGGCUGCAAAGCCUCAUGGAGAGGAAGAAGGAAAAUCAAAGCAGUGAUAAUGGCAAUGCAAAGGAGACCUUCAGAAUCCCAGACCUGGACCUGUUUGAAACAGAAGAAGUGUGUGAAGGUGACAGCAAAAGAUUGCUUGAGGCUGAGAACAAGCUGCUCCAGGAUCAGCUCCAAGUGGCCCAAGAUGAGAACUGCAGGCUGAACAAACUGGUGACAGAGAAGGAAUUUGAAAUAAAGCAGCUGCAGAAGAAAGUGCAGGACAGAUUGGCUGUGUCAGGGGCAUCUGGUUUAGCUGGAGAUGUUGCAGCUACAAAAAUAGUUGAACUGGCCAAAAAGAAUCGUGAGAUAACUGCUGAGACUGAGAGUGAAAGAGCCAAAGUGAAGCAACUGAGCAACAGAGUCAAAGAGCUGGAGAGAGAACUACAGACAGCCAUGGAGAAAGUACUUUCAUGUGGUGGUGAUGGAGAAAUCAAGCAGUCAGCUGUGAAGCUAGCAGAAGGGAACUUGGCUGAAAGUGCAGAGGUGAAAGCGUUGCAAGAAAAAGUAACCGCAGCCAACUUUAAAGUGAUAGAGUAUCGCAACCUGCUCCAGUCUGCAAAGCAGGAGCUGAAGAUGACCCAGAAGCUUUUAGCAAAUGAAGUUGGUGAAGAUGUGAAUAUUCAGAGUCUCUUGAGCAAUUCUGGCAGCUGGCGUGGACGAGCUCAGCAAAUUCUUGUUCUCCAAGGCAAGGUUCGAGAGCUGGAGAGUCAGCUGGCUCAAAACAAGAGCAGAACAUCUCUGAGUGAGCUUGAUGUGGACUUGCUGGCACUUAGUGACCCAAGGAAGCUGUCACCCCAGGAGAAGAACUUGUUGAAGAUUCGCAGCUUGGAAAAAGAAAAGAAAGAAGCUUUGGAGAGACUCACUGGGGAACAUGAUGCCCUCCAAAAGAGCCACGAGGAAGUGAAAAAUAAACUGGAGGCCUCAAAAGCCAGGAACAAAGUGCUGUGCAGUGAGGUGAAAACCCUGAAGGGACAGAUCAUAACCCUGCUGGAGAAAGGCAAACAUGAUGACGAGCUCAUCGACACCUUGCUGAGCCAGCAGAAGCAGAUGCAGGAGAUCUUGCAGCGCCUGAGCCAGCAGGAUGAGAAGUACAAGGAGCCCCAGCAGAUGUUGUCCCCACACUUCAACAAUGAGCUUCAGAGAUCAGAGUGCCUUAUAGAGCAGCUCAGGCAGGCGUUGGUUGAACGAGAAGCGAAGGUGAAGGAGCUGGAGGAAGAAAUUGCACAACUCACACUUCAGAGGGAGCCUGCCCAUCAGUGGAACUGUCCAGGAGCUGCUGAUCCACCAUCACCUGAGCACUCAGAAGAUCCAGGUUUUACUCUGCAUAGUCCUCUGGCAUCGGACAGCAGUCAGGGCGGACGGAUUGGAUCUGCUCGCAAAGUGUCCAAGAUGGGCCACACGCUUGUGGAGUCGGCAGCUACGCAGCCCUCUGCUCUUGGUAGUAACUUCACACCUGGAAGGCUCUCUGGCACUGGCAGCCAGGAUUUGAAAGUGCUGCAGAUGCAGAUCGUGGAGCAGGAGGCUUUCUGCCAGGCUGCUGAAGUGGAAAGAGACAAGCUCCUGGAACUGGUCUCUGUGCUGCAGAAAAGGGUGGAGGAAGGCAGUGAUCAACUCUUGGAGGCUGAGAAGAGGCUUCAGGAAGAGCAGCAGCGACGGGUCAUUGUGGAACGGCAGCUUGAAACGCUGCAAGGGGAUCCUGGGCGGAACACGAGUGGACAGAAGCCACAGCUGAGGAGCAAAGCAGUAGCUGUUUGGCUUGUGACCCAGCUGGAGGAGAACAAAGUUCUGAGGGCUGCUUUGGAGACUACUGUGAGAAAGAAGAAGGAAGACUUUAAACUGUGGCAAGGCACAAUGGACCGAGUGAAGGAUAUCUUUUUACAGGCCAUUUGGCAACAGAAACAAGAGAAGAGUUAAGAAGAUACUCAGAGUCCUUUGGUCUGCAAAGCAGGGAGAGAGCCCAGGCAUCCUGCCCACCGAUUGAAAUGCAGUGGCAGGGUAGUUUUGCAGGCUUGGAUCAUGCUGUUUCUUUAGGGUUUGCAGCAGAGGAUGAGAAAUGGAGAUGGAAUACAUCAAAAGUGAAGGUUUUGCACAUCAGCAAAUCCUGCCUGUAGGAGUUAGCAGGCAGCUGGCUCUCAGACUGCACACACCAUAGGGCUGGUGCAGUUUAGGAAGCUGCAAUUCUGCAGUUUGGGCAAAACCUCUCCAGUCUCAACAGAAUUUUCCUCAAGGGGGCUUGACACUCAAUAUGCUGCUGCCUUUAUCAGCUCCUGAAGGGAUUUGUUGUACACAAGUUAUUCCAGCUCCUUCCCAAAGUCAUGCCAGGAAGAAAUAGAGUUCUG